CAGAAUUAAUGAUAUAAUGGAAGAAAAAAUACUUAACAACAGCAGUAUUAGUGUUAAAAAUGAACCUAUUCAUGAAAGUGAAAAACCCGCGAUUAAUUAUGAAAAUAUUAAACUUGGAAAUCAAAUACAUACAGAAUUAAUAAUCAAAAAUGAAAUAUUAGAAGAUAAUUUUACGAUGGAAGAUGAACGAAUUCAAGAUAAAAUAUUAGAAGACAGUAGAAGUGAUAUAAUGGAAGAAAAAAUACUUAACAACAGCAGUGUUAGUGUUAAAUAUGAACCUAUUCAUGAAAGUGAAAAACAAUUACCCGUGAUUAAUUUUGAAAAUAUUAAACUUGAAAAUAAAAUACAUACAGAAUUAAUUAUCAAAAAUGAAAUAUUAGAAGAUAAUUUUACAAUGGAAGAUGAACGAAUUCAAGAUAAAAUACCAGAAGACGAACCCGUUCUAGAAAAUGAAAAAGUAUCACAUCGGAUUCAUAUCGAAGAUGGAGAUAAACAAUUUUUAUGUGAUAUUUGUAAUAAAGCAUAUACUACUAAACCCGGUUUAGUUAUACAUAAACGAAUUCAUAGUGGAAAAAAACCAUAUUCGUGUGAUAUUUGUGAUAAAACAUUUAAUACACCAAGCCUUUUAGUUAUACAUAAACGGAUUCAUAGCGGAGAAAAACCAUUUUCAUGUAAUAUUUGUAAUAAAUCAUUUAAGAACCAAUAUGAUUUAGCUCGACAUAAACUAAUUCAUAGUGGAGAAAAACCAUUUGCAUGUGAUAUUUGUAAUAAAACAUUUAACCAGCGCAGUAAUCUAAUUCAACAUAAACGGAUUCAUAACAAAAAAAAAUCAUUUCCAUGCGAUAUUUGUCAGGAAGUAUGUACGACUAAAACCGGUUUAAUUAUCCAUAAACGAAGUCAUAGUCGAGAAAAACCAUAUUCGUGUGAUAUUUGUAAUAAAACAUUUCAAACACCAAGCUCUUUAGUUACACAUAAACGGAUGCAUAGUGGUGAAAAACCAUUUGUAUGUGAUAUCUGUAAUAAAACAUUUAGCCAACAUAGUAAUUUAAUUCAACAUAAACGGAUUCAUAGCGGAGAGAAACCAUUUUCAUGUGAUUUUUGUAAAAAAUCAUUUAAUAGACAAAAUCAUUUGGUUAAUCAUAAACGAAUUCAUAGUGGAGAAAAACCAUUUUCAUGUGAUAUUUGUAAGGAAGCAUUUGCUUUUAAAACUGGUUUAGAUAAGCAUAAACGAACUAAACAUUUUUGUAAUUCUUAG